UUUGACAGGUUUUUUCACCUGGGUUUUCUCUUCAUUAAAUUUUAAGAAGUAAUUGGCAGAUUUAGAUUUAAUUAUUUUGAAUAAGAAAAAGGAGCCAGCGCAUGGAAACUAUUGCCAUGCAAACGUUUAGAUUUUAGACUAAAAAAGCAAAACAUUUUGUCAAAAUAAAGUCUCGCCGAAAAAUUCGAUAUGUCUGAACCAGAAGUAAGAAAGAGAAAACAGAAAACAGUAGUAACGAAAGCUGAAUAUGAAAACUAUGUAAAUACUCUAUAUAACAAGCAAGUUAAGAAGGAGUUACCUACCCCAUCAAGAUGGUCAAACGUAUCAUUAUGUAGUUGUCUGGUUGGUGUGGUUUUAAUGGUAAUCUGUGGUUUAGUUAAUGCAUGGUAUUUAUCAACUCUACAUGAAAAUACUCUCUGGUUUACAAAUAUACAGGAGGUGGAGAGAGAAAUCUCAUUCCGAACAGAAUCUGGUUUAUUUUAUUCCUAUUAUAAACAAUUGGUGAAUUCAAAAUCCAUUUCAAAAGGUAUAGAUGAAUUAGUAAGAGAUAAUUUAACAGAGUAUCCAUCUACUAUAAAUGUUUUACAAAGAAUGAAUAUAUACCAAGAAGUAAUAUUGGCUGGUUUAUCUAAAUUUCUAGCUGUAAAGAUACCACCAAUAUUUUUUUAUGCAAAUUUUGUGUUUGGUCUGCAAGCUGUGUUGGUAGGAGCUUUGUUCUUUCUUAGUUGGAUGUUAAGUGAUAACUGUUUGACUGGUGUAUUGACUGCCAUAUUUUAUGCAAUUAAUCGAGAUAAUACAACAAGGGUUGAAUUUACAUUAGCACUACGUGAAUGUUUUGCUCUACCAUUCCUGUGGGUACAGAUUGCCGCUAUAUCUUAUUUUUUCCGUAAAGAUAUAACUCGAGGUGGGGAGAGAUUAGUUUUAUUAUUUGUUGGUUCCAGUACAUUUUUGUUCUGUUUGUGUUGGCAAUUUAACCAAUUUAUCAUGUUAUUACAAGCUUUUUCCUUAUUUGGUGUUUGGGUUUUAGAAGUUGUACCGCCAUAUAAGAUCAGAAGAGUGAUGUUUAUGCAGUUAUUAUCGUUUUUAACAUUAUAUUAUUUACAAUAUUUUAAUCCCAUGAUAAUCGGUGGUUUAUUUAUCAGUUUUAUAGCGGCGUUUUACAUACUCAUGUUUAUUAGGGGUAACUAUCCAGCACCAUGUGGUGUGGUAUAUAAGUUGUUUAAAGUGAUAUCAUACAGUAUAGCAGUGUUAAUAUUAACAUUUAUUAUCAAUACAACAAUAAAGUGGUAUAUUGAACUUGAUGCUGAUGAACACAUAUAUAAAUUUGUUUUAAACAAAGUUGGUUACGGUAAUCCAAGAGAUUUUGAUUCACGUUUAUAUUUAUGUUUGGAUAUAUUUAGAAGUUUACCAGCCGCCAUUUAUAUUGGUUUAUCAAGAGGAGUUAUCUUCCCUAUAUAUGUUAUUGCCCAUACUGUGUUACUUACUUUACUUGUUUUAACUGUUCUCAGUAGGUGGAGUUCCAAUACAGAAAAGAAAUUAUAUAUACCAGAAGUUCAAGAUUGUUUAUUAUCAUAUCGACCUGAAUUAUGUUUCCAUGCAAUUCAAGCUGUAAUGUUUGGUAUCUUAGCAAUCACAACUAUGAGAAUGAAGUAUUUAUGGACACCAUAUAUGUGUGUUUUAGCUGGAUAUGCUAUAGGAGAUAUGACUUUGUGGAAAACACUGUUGUCAUUCACAUCUAAGGAUAAAAUCAUAAAUGUUGUUCGUUAUACAGUGUGUUUAACGUUUAUAGGAAGCAUAGGAUAUCUGUGGAUGCCAUCAAUACAGCAGGAAUUGUCAGAGUUAAAAGAAUUCUGGGAUCCUGAUACUGUAGAACUAAUGCAAUGGAUAAAUAAGAAUACGGCUAAAACUGCUUCUUUUAGUGGUAGUAUGCAGUUAUUAGCAGGUGUAAAACUAUGUACAGGACGACCUAUAACUAAUCAUCCACAUUAUGAAGAUAAAGAUCUUAGAGAUAAAACCAAACAGAUAUAUCAGAUAUAUGGAAGACGUGAACCUGGUGAUAUAUAUAAUAUAUUAAAGAAAUAUAAAACACAUUAUAUAAUACUAGAAGAUAGUAUCUGUUUGUCACAUAAUACAGAUUAUUGUGCUUUACCAGACAUUAUUGAUCUGGUCAACGGAAUGAUACCAGAUAAAGGAAAGGCAGUACCCGGUUUGAUCGAAAGUAAAGUUCCAAGAUUCUGUGAUAUAAUCAGAUACAAUUCUUCCAAAUAUUCCAAAUAUUUCAAGUCUGUUUUCACAAAUAAGACAUUUAGAAUCUAUCGACUGCUGUAGUGCUAAACUUCUUGUUGAAAUGUCUUACUGCCAAAUUUGAAACUGUUCAAUGUUCAUUCUCCUUAAGGGAAGGACAUUGUUAAUGUUAUCUAUUGUUGAAAUGUCUCGCUUCAAUAUCAGAAACUGUUCAACGUUCACCUCAACUGAAGGACAUUGUCAAUGCUCUAGUGCGUAACGUUUUGAAUCAAAGAUGUGUAUAUUUUUACUUUUGAUUGCCAAAGAGGAGAUUUUAGAUUAGUUUAAUAUGAUUGUUACCAUGUCUCUAGUUUACAGGUACAUGGAUACUUCUGUGCUUUUCUGAAUAACUGCCUCGAUUGUUAGAAAAUUUGAACUUACAACUUUAUUUUUUGUCAAAUUAAGAUUGAACUCCACUUGUGGCUCAUCUAAUAAUUUAGAAGGGUGAUUUUAGAUAUUUUUGAAAUUUUCUGAAAUAUUUAAAGGGACUAUCCCGAUUUCAAGAGAGGCUCUAAAAUAAAUGACGGAGUACGUAUGAAAUUUAAGCUCCAAAAUAUAGAGGAAUGGUGUGUUUACCUUCUCUCAAAAUUCCAGCUCAAAAUAUUGAGUCAUUUGGACGUGAACGUCAAAACUGCUUAUCCGGACACGUAACCCUUUUAAGAUUUCGGGUCAGUUGUUUCGUUGGGUGACCUGAUAAUCGAUUCCCAUUCCUUUAGAGAUCUAUAUAGUGAAUGACCCAUGUGCUCUACUUGAUAACGAUAGGUAAAUUUCACCUACACAUUAUUCUUAUAAAAUAAUAGUCUGGUUUUACCCAGACUCCACAUAAUACAGCUUGCGACACCGGUCUCCGUUUCCAGAGGAAGACUGACGGGUUUAAGUUGUUUGAAAACUUAUCAUAAAUAUUGAGUUAGUUGCUUGGCCCUUAGCUAGAGGAUUUUAAGGGAUUUUAACACAAAAUUAAGCAGUUUUAUUCUCCCAAAAAUAUCGGGAUUAGCCCUUUAACAAAAAGUUUUGAACUCCUUACAUUGAGAUUGAUAACAAGAUUGUAGAAAUGGGUUUGGGCUUUAAGGUAUACUUUGGUGGCUGAGGUGCAAGUUGUCUUGAGUUACCCUUUGAAACUUUAUUUAAGGUAUAUUUUGGCUCCUGAAGUGCCAGACAGCUUUAGUUGUCCUUUAAGUGUGAUUUAUGUAAAUAUUAGGCAACACAAAUAAAAUAACUUGUUUCUCGGGCACCGCCCGCACGCAAAAUUGGUUGCGCGUGCAGUCUAUUUAUUAGUCUUGAUGAAAAAAAAUAAAUAUGUAACGCCCGCCCGCACAUCGACAAGCAAGUCGUAAAAAAAAUAUCCCGCAUGUACCUACAUCCGCCAUACAUGUAUAUCUAUUCAAAUGUAUUAAAACUGAUUCAGAUGAACAUGCUGUUAUUUUUAUCCGAACAAUGGCGAAGUUUGGCAGAUUUGCCUUUUUUAUUGAUAUCGAAAGAACCUCCAUUUUGUAUCACGUGAUAUUAAUUACCUCCCCUGAUAAACUAGAAUUUGAUUCGUGUUAAAAGUCAUUGGCGACAAUAUUUCGAUCAUUCGAUCGUAAUCGGCUCAUUAUUGCCGGCUUCAGUCGGUCCUUGUUUGGAAAAUCCUAUUGAUAAAAUAAUGAACCGUAGAACAGGUUAAUUAAUUAUAGCUAAGAAUACGAUACGAUGACGAUAGUCGUCAUAAUGCAUACCUUAGAAUCUGGGUCAUUAUUAGCACAUUUACGGUAGUUUCGAUAAUCCGGAAAAUAAUAAUUGGAUUACCGAUUUGAUGGUUUUACUGACCAGUUGUUAGUUAGAUUUAAAUAGUCAUUCAAUAUAAACACCGGAUAGAACACCGAAUAUCCUGAGAAACACACCGAAUAUCCCAAGAAACAGUAUUUCCGGCAAUCUCCAAUACCGAUGACACGGUGUGACAUGCAUUGGUUGGAAUUCGGUAAAUAAUUAUAAAUAAACCGGCGAUACUAGAUUUAGUUUUAAAUACUGUUUACCAUGAUUAUUAUUUAUGAUACACCUGGUGAAAGAGGCUUAGUUUUUAAAAAUAUUGUUGUCUUUAUGGAGGGCUAUUACAUAGUCGUAUGGAAUUUUAUUUUAAACCAAUUUCAAUUAUGUGAAUUAAAUAUGGAAAAUUAUUUUCCUUUCAGUCAGUGUUCAGUCUCAGUGUUUUAGUAGACUUGAUUUUGGGUUUAUGUUUUAAGUAUGUACAAUAAAGUUGAAUAUAACGGAAAGCAAAAACGUAAACUAGUAAUGACUUUCUCAUUUAAAAAAAAAAAAAAAGAAAGACCGCCCUCCCGCCCCAACAAUUUUCAGCAAUAGCCAAAUUUUAUUUUGCACCAUCAAUGAGUAAAAAAAAAAAAAGAAACCGCCCUCCCUCCCUACAGUUUCAGCUGUCAGUUGCCCGAGAAACAAGACAUUUAUUUUGUGUGGCCUUAGAUCCCACUGGUUCCAUAUGGACAUUUAAAUUUAUUAUAUGAUUUGUAAAGGUGUUGCUUUUGUUCAAAUAUUGUUGUUUUUAAUCCACAUUGUAUUCAUGUUCACAAACAUUCAACUAAAUUUGACCAUGUUAAUUUUGAUACUAUUUUUAUAUUUUGUUACAUUGGUUUCAUCCUUCCCUUCUGCUUACAAAUCACUGAGGUUUUGGCCAUUAAUCAAAGUAAGAAUAUAUCUAGUCACUGAUAUUGGGUUGUAUUUGCAAAUUUUCAUUUAUUCUAAACCAUGACUCUUUUAAGUCGUCGUGUUUUGAAAUAGAGAGUGAAAUAGAGAGUUGGAAGUUAUAUCGCAACUACUAGGAAGUUUUAAUGGGUCAUAUUUGAUGAGCUAUUUGUCAUUCUUUGGGUAAGAAUACAAUUACAACAUGAUAUAAUGGAUUGCCAUCAAACAAAAAUUUACAAUCUAUCUACUUAUUGUCUUUAAGUGAUCAACUCUAAAGUUAAAUAAAAAACUCCAGUCAUUUCAGAAUUUUCCUAUAUUUUAUUCAUUACCUUGUAUUAAAUUAGUUUCAUCCAUGCAUAACUUGAAGUACAAAUCAAGUACAGAAUGUGGUGCUGGUUUGUGUAUUUACAAGGACUUACAGUUCCCCUCACACCCCUUGUGUUAAUUGGUUAAUUCAAGAAAUGAAAUGAGUUUAACAUCCUGCUUUUCUGCACUAUCCGGGAAAAUUAAAGAUACAUUAUGUAAGAUUUAGAUAAAGAGCUAACCGUUCUUGCUGUAAUAGUUCGAAAAUAGAUAAUGUACAUGUAAAAUGAAUAAUUUGAAAAUUUCAUUCAAAUUAUUCUAUUGUGAGCGAAGAUAUUAGUCUUUGAAGGGUUGACCUGUGCAAUAAUUUCAACCACUGUACUGGUUGUUCAAAGCCAAGUCUUGCUCCUCCAUUAUUAGCCUAAAUCAAAAUAUGGCUGAACUGUUCUAAUCUGUUUAAUAUCGGAGAAAUCUGAUGCCAUCGAGAGUUGAUUAUGCCCUGGAUAAGUUAAUUAAUGUCUAAUUAAUAAUUUAGAAAACAUUUCAGGCCUAAAGAAAGACCUGCGAUAAGCAGAUUUAGCUCUUGCAUAAUGUAUGUUUAAGACCAGGUUAAUUAAAGGAAAAAUAGAUCGUACUGCAUCAUGGAAACUAUUUUAAUACUAGAAAAUGAAUCAAAUAUAAUAAAUCUGUAAUGACUAGACUUCUCCUUUAAAGCUUGUUAAAUCAUUUCAAUUUGUUAAACUAUUAAAUGUACAUAGGAAAUGGUGCUGCUGAUUGUUGAAUUAUUUGAAUGGCUUUAUUUAUUAUAUUAUUCUGUGUUCAUGAAAAAAAGCAUUUAAUACAUUGAUUUAUAAGGUCAUAUUAACAAAAUAUGUUUUGGUUCUCAGACAAUCCUUCCUAAAAAUCGCAUGCAGGAGGGAGGUUUUGGGUUUUUUAUACGGCCACAUUUUCAUGUGGACGUAUUAUGCCGUCGCCCCUGUCCGUCCGUCCGUCCACAAUUGUUUGUGGACUCUCUACAGGUCACAAUUCUUAUCCGAUUUCGACGAAACUUGAAAUAUAGGUUUAUCCCCAAAAGAUCUCAGUUCCUUUCGAUAUUUGCGCAUAUCGGACCGUAACUUCCUGAAUUAUGGCCCCUGAUUGUACGAAAAAUCACGUUUUUAGCUUGUGGACCCUAUAGAAGUCAUAAUUUUUACCCGAUUUAAAAAAAGGGAUUAUUAUAUCACCGUUACACCCUAGGGACGACUCAAUUCGAAUUUCGUGAAAAUCGGCCCAAAAUUGACAGACAAAAUGGCCGCCGUUCGUUCUCAAAUAGCGUAAGAAAAUGGUAUAUCAAGGUUGUGGACCCUAUAGAGGUCACAAUUUUUAUCCGAUUUUGUUGAAACUUGAAAUGUAAGUCUAUAACCCAAAGAUCUCGGUUCUUUUCGAUAUUCGCGCAUAUCGGACCGUAAUUUCCUGAAUUAUGGCCCCUGAUUGUACGCAAAAUCGCAUUUUUAGCUUGUGGACCCUAUAGAGGUCAUAAUUUUUAUCUGAUUUAUAUCACCGUUACACCCUAAGGACGACUGAGUUUGAAUUUCCUGAAAAUCGGCCCAAAAUUGACAGACAUAAUGGCCGCCGUUCAUUCUCAAAUAGCGUAAAAAUAUGGUAUAUCAAGCUUGUGGACCCUAUAGAGGUCACAAUUUUUAUCCGAUUUUGUUGAAACUUGAAAUAUAAGUUUAUAACCCAAAGAUCUCGGUUCCUUUCAAUAUUUGCCCAUAUCGGACCGUAACUUCCUGAAUUAGGGCCCCUGAUUGUAUGAAAAAUCAUGUUUUUAGCUUGUGGACCCAUUAGAGGUCAUAAUUUUUAUCCGAUUUAAAAAAACGUAUUAUUAUAUUACCGUUCCACCCUAAGGACAGUUGAGUUUGAAUUUUGUGAAAAUCGCCCUAAAAUUGACAAACAAAAUGACCGCCGUUCGUUCUCAAAUAGCGUAAAAAUAUGGUAUAUCAAGCUUGUGGACCCUAUAGAGGUCACAAUUUUUAUCCGAUUUUGUUGAAACUUGAAAUGUAAGUUUAUAACACAAAGAUCUCUGUUCCUUUCGAUAUAUGCGCAUAUCGAAUUGUAAUUUCCUGAAUUAUGGCCCUUGAUUGUAGGAAAAAUCACUUUCUUGUUAGCUUGUUCUCUAUCCAUCUCUCGAAAAUAUGGGCGUAUCCUGCCUGGCAGCCGCUGGUUUUAUUUUGUGUUCUCAUGAACUAUCACAUUUUAAGGCACUACAGUACACACAUAUCUCAUAAUGUUGUUUAUAUAAAGGUAUAUGAUUGUCAGUAACAUUUAUCAGGGUUGAUGUUUGAGCCUAAGGUACAUUUCUGAAUUCAUUCAAAUUAAGAGUUAAUUCGUGAAACCAGAAGCAAACAUUUCCGAGGGGUUAUCAAUGAGACUGUUUUUCUUUUGGGGGGGGUGGGGAGCCACGGUGGCUAGGUUGUUAAGACGCUGGCUCGCUAGCCUGGAGGUCGGGUGUUCGAUCCCUGCAUUGGCUGAGAAAGUUCAUCCAGAUUUUCCGACGUGGUUUCCCCUUGUCAGUGGUGCAGAACGGAGGGCCUGACAAGAACAGCUGUCUAGUCCUUCGGAUGAAAUGAAAAACCGAGGUCCCGUGUAUAUAUUGGAAUGCACAUAAAAGAUCCCCUGGCAGUUGGAAUUUGAUAUAAGAGUAGGCGAUAGUGCCACUGCCCGGGCAAAAUUUACCUCAUAGCACACUGUAUGGCGUAUGCCCGUCUUCAUUAGCCCAGUAUAUCAGCAGAACAGUAGGACGUUAAACCCCAUUUCAUUUCAUUUCUUUUGGGGUUUUUUUUAAACAUAAAAAAGGGUCAUGCUAUGCAGGAAUGUCUGAGAAACGAAUUUUUUUUUUUAUACGGCCUAAAGUUAUAUGGUAUUGGGUUGAACAAUACAUGUUAGAGCAUUGAAAAUCAAAUUUGUUAAGAUGACUGUUUUUUUGUUUAUGUGUAUUUUAUUGACCACAUUAUUUAUGAAUGUCUCCAUAUUUUAAUACGCAUUUGCUUUGUUUAAAGGAAUUGUUUUUAAUUUAAGGUUUUUUCACAAUAAAGUAUAUAUAUAUCUA